AUGAGACACAAUCUGGUGUGUCAGACACCUCCCACAGUCACUGUUCACGUAAAACUGAGUGCAUCCAGAUCACAUCAGAAAAAAACCCUUAUUAGACUAAAGCGACCUGUUUCUAAAGACCAUGAAGAAAAUGUUGAAAAAAAGGUUCCUAGUCAUAAAUAUAAAUGUCCAAAGGGCCCAUGUCUAGUUAUUCAGCGUCAGGAAAUGACAGCUUUCUUUAAGUUAUUUGAUGAUGAUCUAAUCCAAGACUUCCUUUGGAUGGACUGCUGCUGUAAAAUUGCAGACAAGUAUCUCUUGGCAAUGACUUUCGUUUAUUUCAAGAGAGCUAACUUUGAAACAAAUGAACAUACCAGAAUCAAUUUCUUUGUUGCUCUGUAUCUGGCAAAUACAGUUGAAGAAGACGAUGAAGAAUCCAAGUAUGAGAUUUUCCCAUGGGCUUUGGGAAAAGCCUGGAGAAAGCUCUUCCCUGAUUUCUUAAAGUUAAGAGAUCAACUGUGGAGUAGAAUUGACUACAGGGCUAUUGUAAGCAGACGCUGCUGUGAAGAGGUGAUGGCCAUCGCUCCGACGCACUACGCCUGGCAGCGGGAGCGCUCCGCGCACCACAGCGGGGCCGUCAGGAACUACGACGACCGAGUGCAGCUGCCCCGAGGCCCCAGCGCUACUCCUGCAGACUGCCUGCUCUGCGGCAAGAAAGGAAGAUUUGUGCGACUGGGAUUAUCGUCGUCUUCCUCUGCAUCUGCUGGCACUUUGGAGAUGAUGGAAAUACAGUCAUCCCAGGAUUUGAAGGAUGCCCUUCCAACUGAAAAAGCGCUCGCUGACUCUCCUUUUUAUUAUGCCCAAGACUGUCAGAGCCCAUCCAGCAAAAAGAGACCAGGUAGGGUCUGGAACAAAGACACAUCCAUGGACUGGUUUACAAGCAAUGAAGAGUGA